AAGUAGCUAGUACCAAUAUAAUUAUGAAAUCCUAACAGUAAAUAAAAUUUUAACUCGCAAUAAUGUAAUGAAACUGUACCAGUUAUUUAUAUUAAUUUCUAUUACGUCUAGUCGUUUAUCGCUCCUAUGAGUGAAUCAGCGUAAAAAUAUGUAAUAAUUCCUACGAUACCGAUUUGUUUGAAGAAUAAGGAAAAUAUGGUAGUAAACCGGUCACUAACUAUUUAAUACUCAAGGAGACUGCUUGCAUAUCAGGCGGCCAAAUUGUCUUGAUACCUAGCUAAAUUAAAAACCUACAUAUUUAACCUAAAUAAGAAACAUGAGUGUUGAAGUGAAUAAAAGUGUUUUUAUAAUUUAGUUUACGGUGAUAUUAAUGAGUUUUAUUUAGUUAAAUAUUUAAUACAGAAAAAGAAAAAUAGGGUAUUUGUUUACAACUCAAAUGUCAAAUUAGUUUGGUCACUUAAACUAGUUUUUUAACAAAAAUAAUGCACAGUGAUACGGAAGAUUCUGUGUUUAGUAAUAAAUAUUCUAAUGCUGAAGCUCACUACUCGGUGGAAAAUGAGGGAUGCCGCGUGUUGCCGGUGUCUGAGACUACUGCCGAUGGGUUAGACCAACAAAGAACACUGUACCGGCCCAGGAGUGUAAGCCUCUUUGACCAAACGGAGGAUCGUCAACCUCUGCUGAAACUUCAAAAGAUCACCGAUUCAGAUGAAGGAGACAAUGUUUCAGAAGAUCUUUCAAAAUCAGACAAGAAACUGCUCAUGGUGCCAGCGGUUACACUACCAAAAAUUUCCAAACUAAGCCUAAGGUUUAGAAAACUAAACACAGCCUUACUAGAAGCUGUUAAACAUCGAGGUGUACAAGAAAUUGAGAGACUGGUGCAAGCCGGAGCUAACCCGAACGCAACGUCUGGUAUAGAUUGUAUUUCAGCCUGUCACCUGGCAGCCUUGAGAACUGAUGGAGCCCUGGAAAUACUGCUCAAAGCGGGAGCAAACAGAAAAAGGGUAGAUAGAGUUGGUAGAACUCCACUGCACUUGGCCGCUUGGGCAGGAAAUGUUAAACAAGUUGCCAUUUUACUUGGUUUCUCUAAAAAAUUGCAAGAUAGACUGGAUGCUGGCGACAUAAUAGAUGCCACUGAAGAUGAAGUAAAACAUUUGACUCCAGAUGUAAUAGAAUUUGUCAACGUUAAAUGUGACUUCUGCACCAACGCCGCUUUACCAACACAUUGGAGGGACAACACGAGGGAUUGUCAUAUCAAAAGUCUUGAACGAAAUCUGCCAACAUUUCAACUAGGCUGGUCAGCAUUGCACGCGGCGAGUGCAAGAGCCCAAUGUCACAGUGCCCGCCUCCUUUUGGCCGCAGGCGCAGAUUUAGAGGCACGUGAUCUUGUGGGAAAGACUCCUUUAGACGUCGCUGGAUCUGCUUUCUAUACUGAUCAAGUCAUUGAUCCCCAGAAGUUUGCUGAGUUAGUGACGUUACUAGUUGGUGCCAAUAGCCAGAAACUCACAUUCAAGAACAAGAAAAUAGUUGACACUCCGCUUCACACAGCUGUUGAACUGGGCAGCUUAGAAGCAGUGUCCGUUCUUGUGGGUGCAGGCAUGCCAGUCAACUGGCUUAAUCGGGCAGGGAUGACACCACUGCAUAUAUGCGUCAAGAAAAAACUUAAAGAACAUUUACAGAUAUUAGCAAACCACGGAUACUGUGAUGAAGAAGUUCCCGUAGCAGUCGAUUUCAAAGACAAAGACGGACAUACUGUGCUCUAUAAAGCCAUCUUAGAAGGCUGGGCGCCUGGAGUUUGCAUCGCGAUAGAAGCCGGAUCUAGCGUUACAGCAAGAGAUAAUAAUUAUGAUACACCGCUACAUUUCGCAGCCAUGUUUGGUAAUGUGGAAAUACUAAAUGAAAUAUUAAAUGUAGCUAAACAUUACGACGACGUUAUAGAUGCUACUAACAAUCGAAGGGAAACAGCUUUAUUUAAAGCUGUUAUUAAUGGCCAUUUAGAAUGUGUUAAAAAACUACUUGACGAAGGAGCUUCCAUUACCAAAACUUUACCAAGACAAGUGAACGUCUUCCAUAUUGCUGCAGAGAAAGGUUACCUAGAUGUCCUCACAGUCUUACUAGACCACGACUAUAUUAUAACUAGGAGAGUGAUUAAUUACCUAACAGCUGAUGAUAAAAAAGGAUAUGGUCCCAUACAUUUUGCUGUAGAGAACAAUCACCCAGCAUGUGUCAAGAUACUAUUAUCUAGAAAUACGUAUAGAAGUCUAAGAUCUUCUUACGGGCUACAAAAAGGCUCAACACCUUUGCACAUCGCUGCCAUUCAUAACAACGUAGACAUUGCAAAAAUCUUAAUGAAAAACAAUGAACACAUUGUCCACAUCAUCAAUGACAUGGGAUGGACUCCACUUCACACAGCUAGUCACUAUGGAAGUAGAGACAUGAUUACGCUACUACUCAAGGAAGGUGCUGAUUUGUCUAAAGCCACGCGUGGACCUAAUAAAUGUAGGACUACCGCAAUAGAUAUGAUUAUGAAUAAUUUGCCCAAGCCCACUGAGUUUAUGGAAAAUAUAUUUGAUACCUACAUUUCUACGAAUGAUUUAAACCUUCAUGAUCCAGAUUGUGAAGUUACUGUGAAUUAUAAAAUCUUGGUGCCUAAAGAAGAUGAAAAUAUACAAAUGAAAGUCAUAGAUGCGCUAUUGAACACUGGGAAUAGGUAUGGUCAAAACCGACUAUUGCUACAUCCAUUACUGGAAAGUUUUUUAUUCUUAAAAUGGAAAGCUCUCCUACCGUUUUUCUAUACGAUGCUAGCGUUCUAUGCUUUCUUCGUCCUAUCAUUGACAACGUACAUUAUAUCAGUAUUUUUUUACAAAGAUACUGGAAAUACUGCACCGCUGCUUUUGGAUACUACAGGUUGGGCUGUUAUUAUGUACAUCACUAUUGUUACAGUCAUGUUACAAGAAGUCCUUUACAUGAACGUGAGCAACGGCUACUUCCUACGGUUGGAAACUUGGAUAAAGUUUAGCUCUGUAUGCCUCGCCGCGAUCCUGCCUUAUGUCACACAAAUUAAAGUGGAUAAAGAAUUGGACUGGCCAAGACAUGUCGCCACCACGGCUCUACUACUUUCCUGGCUGGAAAUGAUGUUUCUAUUAUCCCGGUUUCCAAAUUGGGGAUACUAUGUACUUAUGUUCGGGAAGGUAUCUACAAAUGUUAUAAAGAUUCUUCUAACAUUCGCAUUCCUGGUGAUUGGGUUCGCCUUGAGCUUCAUGAUACAGUUUCAUUCACAAAAGCCCUUCGAGUCGCCCUGGGCCGCCCUCGUCAAAACUAUAGUGAUGAUGACAUCGGAGUUCGACUAUGGAGAUCUUGUGAAAGAAAAAGAUUCCAACAAAUUUGUCACCUCCUUGCUUGUUGUCCGCGUCAUUUUCUUAAUAUUCCUAAUAUUAGCAGCCAUAGUACUUAUGAAUUUGAUGGUAGGUGUCGCUGUCAAUGAUCUGCACAAUUUACGGGUACUUGGCAAUGUACGAAGACUUGGAAAACAGGUAGAAUUUUUAGGAUCUUUAGAACAUUUAGUCUAUAAUAGAAUUUUAACGAAAAUCUUACCAACACAGCUUGAAGAAAUGUUAAAAAGGAAGAAAAAGAUAUGUUCUACAUUCGUUCUUAGUCCUAGUGUACCUAAAUCUAAAUGUUAUAGAUCUCUGCCGUCCCGCAUUAGGGAAGCUAUAUUUGAAAAAGCUCAGUUUAGAAAAAAACAAAGAGACGACGAGCUAGGUUCUCAAAAUUAUAAAAAGAAAUUAGAUGAAAUAUACAGAGCUACGGUUAAAUUGAAAAAAGAUAAUAAUACAAAAACUGAUAGAUAUAUAACCAAUAAAAGUAUUAAAGAUGCCGCGGGAAACAUAGCGAAACUUGACACUGCAAUUAUUGAAAUAAAAAAUCAAACAAAGUUAGAAAUAAAUCAAAUUAAAGCGUCUAUAGAUACUCUGAACAAUAAAAUUGAUAUGAUUUUAAACAAAUUGUCAAAUUGAUUUAGUCAAGAAAACCGUUGAGACCGUUUGUAUUAUACAAAGAUGUAUUUAGAUUUAAUAAACUUUUUAGAAUACAACAAAAAUUAUUUUGGAGCCAUACACCCAUAAAUAAAUAAGUUAUUUUGAGUUAAAGUAAACAUUUUCCAUUACAAUAAAAAAAAUAUGUAACCAACCUUGACAUUUGGGACGUUGGGCUUAUUAAAAGGUAACUAAUGACUUCCCAAAUCCCUAAAAAAAUUACGUCGGUCCACGCGUCAUACAUCCUGUACCAUGUUGUAUGUCGUAUGACUUACUUGACUUAAUAUCCUGUGUCCCGUAGAUGGGGCAGAGAGCAUCCACUGAAGUUCUCCAUCGCGAUCUGUCUAGAGUUUCACGCUUCACGUCGUCAAACCGAUGCUUGUCGCUUCUGCCAGUACGGUGUGGUGCCAGGUUUUCUGAGGACGGCCACGCUUUCUUAUCCCUAGGGAAUUCCAGUACAACGCUUGUUUGGCUAUAUGGCCCUUCGGAGCGUGUGGCUUAUCCACCACUCCCCACUUGCGGCGUUUGAUCUGUCGGUCGGUCGGGCUUUCAUAUCUCCAAAGGCUCUACAUUGGAUAUAGUCUCGGGCCAGUAGAUUCCAAAAAUGCGACGCAGGCAUCGGUUGACGAAAAGUGGUACCUAGGUCGUACAUGUAAUUAUAACAUUUUAAGGACAUUUCUUUGAGUUUGAGUAACCAAUUGAGUUACAUAUAAGAGUGUCCUGACCUGAAUUUGACCGGCAAUUUUAUCAGUUUUUAAUUUAGUUAUUUUAUGUUGCCUUUUAACUGUAGGUACUUCUUCGUCAUCAUCAUCAGCCGGAAAACGUCCACACCUGAGUAAAGAAAACUGUACUUUUGACUGUACUUUUUUUGAGUGGGAAAAAUCAUCCGAUGUCUUCAGAGUGUCAGACUCUGCUCUUCGAACCGGCACCCGUCAGAGCUUUCGCUGCUUAGUAUUGGGCAUCAGCCCUACUAGGCCAUAUCUGUGGUGGGCUGAUGGCUCUUUGAGGCGCGCGCGGAACGCGACGCAUCGUACGUUCGUCUGGUUCUAAUCAAGCGGCGAGCAACCCUUGCUCAUUGUCUUUUGACAUCAUAUGGUCAUCGUUGAUAAUUUCGUAUGCAUUUAUUGAAUUAUAUUCUAGCAAUUUUGUACUGAUAAGCCAUUAAAUAAGUUUAGGAAUGUAAAUUAAUAAACAACAAAUUAAUGAAUGUAAAUUAAUAAACAAAAUAAUUUUGUCAUACAUAAAAUAAAUAUUUAAAAAUCCUCAA